AUGAUACAGACUUUGAUCAAUGAGAACCACGGACAUCUAGUUCUACUGGACGUUUCUCAUCCAUCUUUGGAGACCAUCCAUUCGACAACUGCUUCCGAGCAGUUCAGACUGAAUACGAGGCUUACCGGUGCAGGCAGAGGACAUUACACCAUGACUCUUGUGCCAGAUGGUGCAACAUGCACAUCUUCUAUGAAGGUCUAG